AUGGCUUCUAGCGUCAAAAAUGGAGAUGAUGAGUACUCUCUGGUGCACAUGCCAGCUACACGCAUUCCAAAUCCGUUCGAAUCCUUUGAAUUGAUACAAGAUACUAGAGUCAAGACUUUUGCGGCGUAUAAAGUCGAUGUGCCACGAUCUUGGAAGAAUUCUGAAGGAGUCCAUGUUGAGUUGGAUCUGAUGUCAAGUUUUCAGAUUUCUUGUAGAGCCACCAAUUUUGACCGCAUCAUUCUUGAAGAACGCGAACAUCAGCUCCUUACCAUCAAAUGGGACACCAGUACCGCCACUUUCGAAGCCGAACUUGAAGCUUUGCGUUUCUUCGCUGAAGAGAAACGUCUGAAGACUAGAUCUCCUACAGUGAAGUCGCAAAGAGCGUUCCGUAUGAUUCAGAACUUCCAUUCAAGUUGGAAAGACUUUUAUGAUCUUCACAAAGACUUCCCACAACUUAGAAACCCAGAGCUUCCCAAGCAUGCAGUCCCAGAUGCCAUUGUACGGCGAUUUAAAGCCUUUAACAAAGAUCAUUCUAGCGCUUUCGAGGGCCUGAAACACAUACCAAACGGACUCUACUUUGUCAACGGCUGUCCAGGUUCGGGAAAGACGGAAUGGAACAUGAUUCUGGCAGGUCUGAUACAAUGUUCAAUAAAGAAGCACCGAAAAAGGCGAAAUCCAAUCCUGUUUCUGGUGGACAUCAAUAAAGCUGCAGACGAUGCUGCUAGCAGAUACUACUCGCUUUGCCGGGAAGCGGGCGUAGAUCUCCGCAUCGUUCGCAUGCACGGAUGGCCACAGGAAAUGCGACAGAGUGCUAAAAUUUACGGAUCACCAUCACCCAAACAUCAGGACAAUUCUUCAGCGCCAGACUUUACUAAUCGAUUUCUCGUGACGGCUGGCCUCUCCAAGCAGACGAACGUGUCAAUAGAUCAUAACACGGUUCCAACUUUGGACCAAGCAUCAUGGCAAUACUUUGAACAGAAAAAGGACGACGCAUUUCUCGGCCUGCAAAAGUUACUGAAUAAAAUGGACAGUGGCGAAGCCUUGACCACAGAUAACUGGAAACAUUUAAGAAGCUACGUCUCGAGGCUAUAUCGUGCCGUCUUGGCGCAGACAGACUUUAUCGCAACAACACCUGUCGCAGCAUACGGGCGAUUCUCAAAAUUUGUCAAGCCCGACAUCGUCUUCAUAGACGAGGCUUCACACGCCAGAGAGCUCACCACACUCAUUCCUUUGGCGUACUUUACGCCCAAGGCUUGGAUAUUCACGGGGGACGUGAAGCAAACGCAGCCGUUCGUAAAGAAUGCAAAGGAGAGCGAGAAAUACAUCGGAUUGAAGUUCAAUCCGUUUGCCGCGCAACUGAGGUUGAGUACCAUGGCCAGGGCUGACCACGUCAAUGCUGUCAAUAGUAAGCUGCUUGUUAAUAAACGAGCUUUUGGCAACCUCCACAGGCUACCAUCUGCUAUGUUUUAUGAGAGCCAUAUGAAAUCCGGAUAUGACGAUGCGUCUCGAUACCCUGAAAGCGUGGCCCGCCUGGCUAUUUACCUCCAAAGCCUCAGUGGUAAUAGACACAUGGACGAAAAUCGCAUUAUUGUGAAUAUGGAAGGCAGCAAUGAAGAAAAGUGUCGCGACAGUUAUUGGAACGCCAUUCACCACCAAUGGGUUCUUGCCCAGGCAACGCAUCUAUUACAGGACGAUGAAUUCCGUGGCCUCGGAGACGGAGGAACGGGCGGCAAGAUCAUGAUUGCAACUCCAUACAGCGCCGCAGCAAAGCAGUAUCACGCCGCAGUGAAGAGAUGGCCAGAAAGUUGGCAGAGGAGAACCCAGGUCUUGACAGUAGACAAGGCACAGGGGAACGAGGCAGAUGUGGUGUUUCUAGACAUGGUAAGAACAACUACUGCCGGGUUCAUGGACGAUCCCAAGCGCUUAAAUGUUGCCAUCACGAGGGCACGCCAAGCCGAAAUCAUCUUGAUGCGCAGGGCAAUGGCUUAUAUCCCCGGAAGAAAAUUCGGUAGAAGCAACUACCUAUCGCAGCUAUGGGACGAUACACUGCUUCAUGAUCGGAUUGUGACGAUAUAG